GUCUUAUUUACAUUAAGUAUUUUAUAUUUAGAUUUUAUAUUUAGAUUAGUCUCUCCUACAGUUACAAAUUGCAAAAUAGACCAGGAAAAUGCUGUGGACUGUUCCAUGUUUCUUCUUCUUCGCCGGCUUCUUCAUAGACUACGUAUGUGCCGGUGAGCAAUGCAGAGAAGUACGAAGCAUAAAUGGGAUGGCUCUACAGGGAUUCGUCUUUAAAACUUUCUCCGUAAGAGCCUUUCACGAGUGUGAUAUCAGUUGUGAAAGGGAACUCACCUGUCAAAGCUAUAACUACGUCGUAGGGGAAAAUUCGUGCGAACUGAGUAACCGCACCAGAGAGGCAAGACCUGAACAUUUCCGCUCAGACCUGGCACGUGUUUACCUACGACGCUUGAGCAAUCGGGGUAUGUACGACAUUUUUAGGAAGCCUUGGACGCCAAUCAGAAGUCCAAUGCUUUCUUUGAAGCCUACUACAGAUCGAAUUUUUGGUUGCGAAAAUGCGAGCUUUCAAACUUACAAGUGGAGAGUUGUGGUUGCCGUUCUUGGUUCAGAAUUAAACCUCCCAGCGCACUCAUGUCAAGAAAUAAAGGCGAGCGAAGGCAAAGACACCAUUAGCAGCAAGUACUGGCUUGAUCCAACUGGGAAUGGGGCAGCAGCUUUGGUUCAUUGCGAUAUGAACUUAGAAGAAUGUGGACCUGUUGGUGUGGAGGAUAGGAACAAAAUACCAGAUGCCAGAAUGACGGCAAGCACAUACUACUAUAGUGUUAAUUAUCCAUACUAUGGCCGGCUGAAUGAGAACAGGGGAGAUGGAGCUUGGUGUACAAAGACAAAGAGAAACAGGACAGACUAUCUUCAAGUUGAUAUGGGUGCAUUGCACACUGUUUGUGCAGUGGCAACACAAGGAGAAAAAGAAUACACUGUUUGGACCACCAGCUACAAAGUGCAUCUUUCUACAGAUGGAGUAACAUGGAACAGCUACAAGGAAAACAAUGUUGAAAAGGUGUUCGCAGGAAACACAGAUCAAAACAGUAUUGUGAAGCAUUCACUCAUUCCUGUCGUUAAAGCAAGAUUCAGUCCUUGUAGCAAUGGUGCUUGUGUCGAAAAUAGCACUUGUCAAGCUGGAUGCAUCAGUAAAGGUUACCGCUGCAUCUGUCCGACAGGGUUCACUGGAUCCAGCUGCAGUCAAGGGUCCUACAAUUGUACCUGUGGCCUGGGCUACACUGGUGAUGGACGUGAUUGUACAGGUAAGGACUGAUGUAGGGUGAAACGAGCAAGGUAGACACCUAUUCAUAUGGACAUGAAGAUAGGUGCUUUUCUAGGAGACAAAUAUUCAUCAUCUCCUUUAAGUGGCACCUAUAAAAGUAGCCAUUCUUGAAUCUCAAAAGUAACUUAAUUUGUCUUGCAAAUCCUUCAUUCUGGCUAAGUGUUUCUAAUGAGUAACUAGUCAUCAAAAUUAAAAAAGUCUUUGCCAACCAAUUCAUUCGAUCAAUGAAUCAAUGAAUCAAUCUUUCUUUGUUUUAAGAAGGUGACACUUAACAGUUGUAAAACUAGGGAACCUCCGGCCCUCUAAAAAUGAGCGAAGUAUAUAAACAUUUACAACUAAAUAUGUAUAAAAAAACCUAAUUGAUUCAUUGUCGUCUUUCGUUCUUCUGAUGAAACCUUCCCUGAAUCUGACAAGUUUAAUAAUUUUGUUUCUUAGCAACAGAUGACUGCUCUGAUGCCCCUCAAAUAACUGGAGUCUACAACAUACUCAACCAUGGUCUGUCGCCAUUCCAUGUGUACUGUGAUCAGUCAAAUGAUGGAGGAGGUAUUUUUGUUUUGAUUUUCGAAAAGCUCGCUGUGUUAGUAAACAGACUUAUCAAGGAUGACCGUGCAUAAAACACAACAGAAUAUCACAAUAUGUUUAGGCAGCAAGAAACACUAUAAACAUAACUUUUAUUGUUGAUUCAAACAGUAAGCGAGAUGCGUGUCACUUAACUAGUAAAUUGCUUAGUUCGCCAUAAGUGUCUCUCCCUACAGUAAAGUUCAGGGGUAAAGCUCCACGUAAACUUUUUGGCUAUAUUCAAGUUCCCUGCAUUUAUUCCAUACAGUAAUUCUUGAAUGGGAAAAUCUUUCUUUAACAGGUUGGACAAUGGUAUUCAAAGUUGUCGGUGGCUCUUCUCCAACAGAAGUUGGUCAAUUGUG